GAGUUCUCGCUCUGACGGUUGAACCUACAGACGUGGAUUCGGUGCUGCUGCUGAUCAUGUUCACGUCCCGUUAUAGUCACACACCAGCAUCUCUGCUCUAGCAGCCUUUUUUAACCUCGGUCACCUCUAAGCCUACUGACAAACUGGGAUAUAUUAUAUUUUUUAUUUUCUCUGUCGCCAUCUCUCCGUCGCUUAUCGGCGAGAAAGAGGUAGGCAGGCUCGUUUCCCCGAGGAAGAGGGCAGCCUAUAGCGGUGGCCAAGGGCAUUUACUCCGUGGUCUCGUUGUCUGGAUGAUUUCUGAUUCUGGUGAUUUUCAAAAUAUUUUAUUUGAAUCAUGGCGACUGAUUCCCCUGCCCGGAGUCUGGAUGAGAUCGAUCUGUCUGCUCUACGGGACCCUGCAGGCAUCUUUGAGCUGGUGGAGUUGGUGGGCAAUGGAACCUACGGACAGGUGUACAAGGGUCGUCAUGUCAAGACAGGGCAACUUGCGGCCAUCAAGGUCAUGGAUGUCACCGGGGAUGAGGAAGAGGAGAUUAAAGCAGAGAUCAACAUGUUGAAGAAGUACAGCCACCAUCGGAACAUUGCCACCUACUACGGUGCCUUCGUCAAGAAGAACCCUCCUGGCAUCGACGACCAGCUAUGGUUGGUGAUGGAGUUCUGUGGGGCGGGUUCAAUAACAGAUCUGAUUAAGAACACCAAGGGGAACUCACUAAAGGAGGAGUGGACUGCCUACAUCUGCAGAGAGAUCCUCAGGGGUCUGACCCAUCUCCACCAGCACAAGGUCAUCCACAGAGACAUCAAGGGUCAGAACGUGCUGCUGACGGAGAACGCAGAGGUCAAACUGGUGGACUUUGGUGUGAGCGCCCAGCUGGACCGGACGGUGGGGAAGAGGAACACCUUCAUCGGGACUCCCUAUUGGAUGGCUCCCGAGGUCAUAGCCUGCGACGAGAACCCUGAGGCCACGUACGACUUUAAGAGUGACCUGUGGUCUCUGGGUAUAACAGCUAUAGAAAUGGCAGAAGGAGCCCCUCCACUUUGUGACAUGCACCCAAUGAGAGCUCUCUUCCUCAUCCCACGAAACCCCGCCCCCAGACUCAAGUCCAAGAAGUGGUCUAAGAAGUUCCAGUCCUUCAUUGAGAGUUGCUUGGUGAAGAGUCAUGGUCAGAGACCCAGCACAGAGCAGCUGUUGAAGCACCCCUUCAUCAGAGAGCUGCCCAACGAACGACAGAUCCGCAUCCAACUGAAGGACCACAUCGACAGAACCAAGAAGAAACGUGGAGAGAGGGAUGAGACAGAAUAUGAGUACAGCGGGAGUGAAGAGGAGGAAGAGGAGCGAGACGUGGGGGAGCCAAGCUCCAUCAUCAACAUCCCCGGUGAGUCGACAUUAAGGCGGGACUUCCUGCGUCUGCAGCUGGCCAAUAAGGAACGCUCUGAGGCUCUGAGGCGCCAGCAGUUGGAACAACAGCAGAACGAGGAACACAAGCGCCUCCUACUGGCCGAACGACAGAAACGCAUAGAGGAGCAGAAAGAGCAGAGGAGGAGACUGGAGGAGCAACAGCGCAGGGAGCGUGAGUUGAGGAAGCAGCAGGAGAGAGAACAGAGGAGGCGCUAUGAGGAGAUGGAACAACUACGGAGAGAUGAGGAGAGGAGGCACGCGGAGAGAGAACAGGAGUAUAUCCGUAGACAGCUGGAGGAGGAACAGAGACAGUUAGAGAUCCUACAGCAACAGCUUCUACAGGAGCAGGCUCUACUGCUGGAGUAUAAGCGUAAGCAGAUUGAGGAACAACGUCAAGCCGAGAGACUACAGAGACAGUUACAACAGGAGAGAGCCUACCUGGUGUCUCUACAACAGCAGCAACAGCAACAACAACAAAACCAAGAUGGCCGACCAGGCGAGAAGAAACCGCUGUAUCACUAUAAAGACUCAGCUAGUCCUACUGACAAACCUGCAUGGGCUAAAGAGGUGGAGGAGCGGUCCAAGCUGAACAGACAGAGUUCUCCAGCGCUGCAGCAUAAGGCCGUCUCCAGCCGGGUCUCUGAGGCCUCCCUGCCUCCUCGCUCCGAGUCCUUCAGCACUUCAGGGAUGCAGCCGGCCCGCACCCCACCAACACACCGCCCAGUUGAACCACAGAUGGCCCAUCUGAUUCCAGUGAAGACCAUGACAGGCUCUCAGUCUCUGCAGGAGAGCAGAGGGGGAGAGGCGGGGGGGAUGGGGAGGAGAGGGGAGGAGGGGGGAGGCAUGCCCCCCCGUCAGAACUCUGACCCCACCUCUGACUCGAACCCCGCCCCUCCACCUCGUACCACUAGCCGAGAGGACGAUGAGCUUCCCCCUAAGGUCCCUCAGAGAACCACCUCCAUCUCCCCAGCCCUGAUGAGGAAAAACUCCCCCAACGGACAGGGACUCAUACGAGACAGUCAUCCAGACCUGAGAGCAUCAGAGUUGUGUCUGGAUACUGCUCUACAGAGGUCAUCUCACUCCUCCUCCUCAUCCUCACCUUCAUCACAGAGAGGUCCACCAGUCCAGGAGACCUCCCCCCCAGCAGAAGCCAAUCAGGAGGUCAGGAUCAGACCGGAGGAGGGACGAGACUCAGGCAGACCCAGCAGACCUGCCAGCUAUAAGAAAGCCAUAGAUGAGGACCUAAGUGCGCUGGCUAAGGAGCUGAGAGAGUUGAGGGUAGAGGAGGGCAGUAGACCUCCAGUGAAGGUGAGAAAGGUGACAGACUACUCAUCCUCGAGUGAGGAGCGGUCAGAGAGCAGCGACGAGGACGGAGAGACGGGGCAAGAUGGGACUGUGGCUGUCAUGCCACAGCAGGGUGAAGCAUAUGAAGGUUUGACUGAAGAACCUCUGGCAGGCUCCUUCAACAUAACACAGGACAGCACUCUGAUCAUGACAGAGGCGGAGGAGAGGAGGAGGGCACCAGGCCAUGGUGAGAGUAACGGGUUUCAUAGCAACCAUCACGGCAGCGGUAACCAAGGUAAUCUCCUGACCUGGUCCAGCAGAGCUCCUCCUCUUCACCCUCAACCCUGGAUGCACUGAAAGAGCAAUUUGGAUCUAAAGCCUCCUUCUCCCCAUUCGGUGACCCACGGUCCUAUCAGACCUCCCCUACUGAAGACGAGGAAGAGAACUCAGCUGGUCUGUUCACCAGUGAGUUGCUGCGUCA